AUGAAGACUUUUGAUUUGGUUGUCAUUGGUGCCGGUUCGGGCGGUCUCGAGGCCGCUUGGAAUGCCGCGACGCUCUACAAGAAACGGGUGGCGGUGAUUGACGUUCAGAAGACGCAUGGCCCACCGUUUUUUUCUGCCUUGGGCGGCACCUGCGUCAAUGUUGGCUGCGUUCCGAAGAAGUUGAUGGUCACCGGGGCGCAGUACAUGGACCAGCUGCGCGAGGCAAGAGGGUUCGGCUGGGAGUUUGACCGCAGCACCCUCAAGGCGGACUGGAAGAAACUCAUUGCCGCAAAGGACGAGGCUGUGCUGGAUAUCAACAAGAGCUACGACGGCAUGUUCAGGGACACCGAGGGUCUGGAGUUCUUCCUGGGCUGGGGAUCGCUGGAGUCGACGACGGUCGUGAAUGUUCGCGAGACUGCCGACCCGAGCAGCCUCUUGAAGGACCGCCUGGAGACGAAGCACAUUCUUAUUGCCACCGGGUCGUGGCCGCAAAUGCUGAAGAUCCCCGGCAUCGAGCACUGCAUCAGCAGCAAUGAGGCGUUCUACCUGCCAGAGUCGCCACGCCGUGCCCUCACCGUCGGCGGCGGAUACAUUUCUGUCGAGUUUGCCGGCAUUUUCAACGCUUACAAACCAAAGGACGGAAAGGUGACGUUGUGUUACCGCCGCGACCUCAUCCUCCGCGGCUUUGACAACACCCUUCGUGAGGAACUCACGAAGCAGCUCAUUGCCAACGGGAUUGACAUCAUGACGAAGGAAAAUCCAGCCAAGGUGGAGCUGAACCCAGACGGCAGCAAACACGUGACCUUCGAAAGCGGCAAGACUAUGGAUGUUGAUGUUGUCAUGAUGGCGAUUGGCCGCGUUCCUCGCACCAGCGGCUUACAGCUGCAGAACGCAGGUGUUGUGCUCAACAAGGGCUCUGUGCAGGUGGAUGAUUACUCACGCACGAAUGUUGCCAACAUCUACGCUAUUGGCGACGUGACGAAUCGUGUCAUGUUGACACCCGUGGCCAUCAACGAGGCUGCUGCCCUCAUCGACACAAUCUUUGGUAACAAGCCGCGAAAGACGGACCACACCCGUGUGGCGAGCGCCGUCUUCUCUGUUCCGCCCAUUGGCACAUGCGGCCUUACCGAGGAAGCUGCCUCGAAGGAGCACGAUACUGUGGCGGUGUAUCUUUCCAGCUUCACCCCGCUCAUGCACAACAUCAGUGGAUCUAAGUACAAGAAGUUUGUGGCGAAGAUAAUCACCAAUCACUCCGAUGGCACGGUGGUUGGGGUGCACCUUCUUGGGGACAGUGCCCCUGAAAUCAUCCAGGGCGUUGGUAUUUGUCUCAAGAUGAAUGCCAAAAUCUCUGACUUCUACAACACGAUUGGCGUGCAUCCCACGAGUGCCGAGGAGUUGUGCUCGAUGCGUACCCCGUCCUACUACUACGUGAAGGGCAAUAAGACGGAAACACUUCCAGAGUCAGCCCUGUAA